GGUUCAUCCAGUUUUCACUUACUGAAGUCUUACAGAAGAUGUUCUGUGUUACUUGAGUUUAAACGCACCACAGAGUGUGUUUACUUUUUUCUUUUGGAAAAGUAUUCCGGAAACGAAACCCUGAGUAAUCGGAAGUGAUUAUUUGUGAACCAGAAGCUUGAUGUCACCAAGGCCUGGGCGGAUUGGCUUCCGAGUGCAAGAGUUGUGUGUGGAGAAGUUAGCCCAGUGAGAUCUAGACGAAGAACCUGUAAAGUGAGGCUCCCUGCAAUAGGAAGAGUAAGAGUCUGAGAGGUUUUUUAGUAGAAGUCUUGGGGUACAUUUUUAUUGGUGAAAAAAAUGACUACUCUUGAAAGUUUAGAAACCAAAGUCAUCCUUACUUCAUCCCCAAUUCGAGGAGCGGGAGAUGGAAUGGAAACUGAGGAACCACCUAAAUCUAUUGAAGUUACUCCUGGAAUCCAACCUAUAAAGCAUCACAUCCUUCCAAGUCCACGAAAGAAAGCAGUUCCGUCAGAGAGCCCAGGCGUUCUUCAGCUAGGGAAGAUUCUCGCUGAAAAAGCAGUGGAAGUCGAAGCUGUAAGAAUAUUAGUUCCCAAAGCCGCUAUAACCCAUGAUAUCCCCAACAAAAAUGCAAAGGUUAAGUCUCUGGGACAUCACAAAGGAGAAUUCCUUGGCCAGCCAGAGGGAGUUGAAGAACCCAGAAAGGAACUAUCCGAGGUAAAGAAUAUAUUGGAAAAGCUCAAGAACUCUGAAAGGAGGUUACUACAGGAUAAAGAAGGUCUUUCAAACCAGCUCAGAGUACAGUCCGAGGUCAAUCGUGAGUUAAAAAAGCUGCUGGUGGCUUCUGUUGGGGAUGAUCUUCAAUAUCACUUUGAACGUCUAGCCCGUGAGAAAAAUCAGCUUAUUUUAGAAAACGAAGCCCUAGGUCGAAACACAGCUCAGCUUUCCGAACAGUUAGAACGGAUGUCCAUACAGUGUGAUGUGUGGCGAAGUAAAUUCCUUGCAAGCAGGGUUAUGGCAGAUGAGUUAACCAACUCCAGAGCGGCUUUACAGCGUCAAAACCGUGAUGCACAGAGUGCUAUACAAGAUCUCCUGAGUGAACGGGAACAGUUUCGUCAGGAAAUGAUAACUACACAGAAGUUGUUGGAGGAGCUCUUGGUCUCCUUGCAGUGGGGAAGAGAGCAAACUUACUACCCUAACGCGCAACCUCACAGCACAGCAGAACUAGCGUUAACAAAUCACAAGUUGGCAAAAGCAGUAAAUUCUCAUCUUCUGGGAAAUGUUGGCACUAAUGGUCAAAAAAAGUUUCCAUCAACAGUUGAAUUCUGCAGCACCCCAGCAGAAAAAAUGGCUGAAACGGUUCUACGCAUUUUGGAUCCAGUAACCUGUACAGAGAGCUCAGCUGAUAAUCCGUUUUCUGAGUCUUCACCAACCACCUUACUUGCUACAAAGAAAAAUAUUGGACGAUUUCAUCCCUAUACAAGAUAUGAAAAUAUAACUUUCAAUUGCUGCAGUAACUGCCAGGGAGAACUUACUGCCCUUUAACAGUCAGUAUGUUGGAGGCACACUACAGAGUCAUUAUAAUUUGGCAGCUGGGGUUCUUUUAAUGCUAGAAGUAUUAUCACUUUCUAUUUAAAUAAUAUAUAUCCCCAAAGAUGUUUCAUGUACUGGACUCUGGAUUACCCUUUCUUAAUAAAUAUCUCAGGGUAAGAAAAAAGUGAAACUGUGUAGAUAUAUUUGAAAUAGACAAUACAGGCAUUACAGGAUGGUUUUCCUAAAGGACUAAAAGAACGAUUCUGUACCUUUCUUUUAGGCUCUAAUUUAUUAAUCUUGCUAUAUAUUUUACAUAAGCAAAUUAAUUUCUGUACUCUAAAGCAAGGAUUGGCAGACUACAGCCUUGGGUCAUAUGCAGCCAUACCCAUUCAUGUACUGUUGUCUGUAGUUGGUUUCAUGUGCUACAACAGCAGAAUUGAGUAGCUACAACAGGGUUUGUAUGACUAGCAAAGCCUAAAAUAUUUACCAUCUGGUCCUUUACAGAAAAAGUUUUCUGACCUCCACUCUAAAGUAAAAGUAGCUGGCAGGGGUCGGGGAGGGAGUGGGGUAGGAGUCCUUUCCCUUUUUGGUGAUUUUUAGGGGCUACAGAAGAGUCUUAUGGAAACACUGUGGGUGAAGGGACUACUU